AUGGUACACCUACCAGGCGGCGCCAUGAAGGCAUUCACGCAGCUGUACUCCAUCGUGUGGAAAGACGUGUACGUUCAGACGAUCAAGCGCCACUACCUCACCACCAUCUUCGAGGUGGGCAUGAUCAUACUCGCGUUCCUGGGUGUGGAGAACGACCGUCCACUGCCUGCGCCGCCGGCCUUGUGUGCCAAGCCGCCCUGCCUGAGACUCCGUGCACCCCGUGACUACGCCGAACGCAACGAGAGCGACUUCAGAACGCCACAGCUGAUCCUCUACGCUCCGCGAGCACCCAACAAAGAGCUGGUCGAGACCGCCUUUCCCGCAGGCGGCCGGGUCAAAACGCACGGCUAUGACACUGAGCGGGAGCUUCUGCGUGUAUUCUACCGUGUCAGCCCGAUACCACAGCGGGGACCAGAGCAGCGCAUCAUCGCGCUGGUCUUCGGCAACACCAACGACACGCGGAAGAACGACCUCGAGUUCACCAUUCGCUUUUUCGACGACCCCGACUACAUCACGCGGCGCAUCAAGGUGUUCGCUCUGUUCGGCGCGCUGCCUGACCCGGUGACACAGCGCGAGAGCGUGGCCUACUGCCAGAUCGCCCUCGUGCGCGCGAAGACCCAACUGAUCCGGCAGGCCACCGUUGGGAAGAAGGCCGCUGCUCGGCGCGAGUACACAAUGACUACGAGACGCUUCAGCGAGGGCCCUCUGCCGGAGGACUCGACGAGCAUGCUGUGGAUCAUGGCGGUGCGCAUCGGCAUCGGCUUCUUGGUCACCUUCUGCACGCUCGUCGGCCGGCUCGUCGAGGAAACCCAGAGUGGAAUGCGCGAGAAGCUGCGGCUCUCCGGGCUGCUCGACACCAUUUACUGGCAGGGACACCUUAUGGCCGCCAUGUUCAAGGGCCUCGUCAGCAUCGCCUGCAUCAUGGGCUACAUGACGACCGUCGCGGCGGACAAGAACGGGCGGGUGGACACUUUUCUCGAGGGCACCGACAAGACGGUGACCUUCGUGUCGCUGGUGCUGUACAACUUUCAGUACGCCACCACGGCCAUGGUGAUGUCGCUGUUCUUCACCAACAACACGGCGGCCAUCUUAUUCGCCAUGUGCUACUGGAUUACGGCGUACGCCGCGCCCUGGCUGGCGCUGGAAGACUUUGACGGUCUAUCCGCGCACUACAUUAUGCUCUCUCGCACAACCAAGCUCGCGAGUUCGCUCCUGCCGUGCAUGGCGCUGCACUGGUGCUUCCGCAUUAUUGGAUGCGCCGACGUAGUCGGUGAACGGUACAGACUGUCAUCCGUCCACGAGUACGUGCUCCAGCUGGACAAUGUGACUAUGCUGGACAUUUGGACGGUUAUGCUCGCGUACAGCGCAUUUAAUUGCCUCGCUAUCUGGUACCUCGGCAACGUGCUGUCAUGGGCCCGUGGUACGCCGUUGCGUCUCUGGUUCCCCAUCUCCCCAUCAUACUGGCUUCCCAGUCGCCAGGGCGCCUUCCAGAAAAUAGCCCCGGUCACUCCGGAUGGCUUGCACUUCGAGCCCUACCCAUUAGACAAGCAAGAGAUGGUAUUUGUCAACAGGCUAGAAUACGAGCAACAGCACACUAACGUGCUCCACGACACCAGCUUCAAGGCGUACUUCAACGAGGUGCUUGUGGUGGUAGGCCCCAGCGGAUCGGGCAAAUCUUCGCUUGUGAGGAUCGUCACCGGCAUGCAAAAGCCCAGCGGCGGCCAAGUCAUCGUCGGGGGCUUCGACGUGGCCAGCCAAACCGCGAGUGCACGCGCCCGCAUGGGCGUCGUGCUCCAGAGUUCUGUGCUCUUCGACGACAUGACGGCUUUCGAGCACCUGCUGUUUUUUGGCGGUCUCGCAGGUAUGAUCGGUCAGCCGCUGGUUCGACGAGCCACGCAAGUUGCAGACAUGCUGCAACUGACCGAGCGCUCCUCCGAGCUCACAGUCAACCUGGACCGAACGUCCAAGAGGCGACUCGACCUGGCCAUUGCCAUACUUUCGAAACCGAGGGUGCUCAUACUUGACGAGCCCGUGUACGGCAUGAACAUACCUUCCCGCUACAAAGUGUGGGAAGUGUUGAAGAACGUCAAGCAUACUACGUGCAUCGUGAUGACGUCAUCGGAUGUCGACGACGUAGACAUGCUGGGCGACCGAGUCGCCAUGCUGGGCCAUGGCGGGUUGAAGUGCUUCGGCACGCCCGCUUUUCUGCGCUGGCGUUAUGGCUGCGGCUACAACUUGCACGUCAUCAAGGCGCCCAACUUUCAGACCAGCCGUCUCGUCCUCGCCCUCAAGGAGGCGUCCAAGGACGCCCGCCUGAUUCAGGAUCACAGGCGUUCUGCGAUCAUAAAUCUGGGCGAAGAGGGAGCCUACGCCCCUGUGUCGGAGGCACUGCGGAUCGUCGAGAACCGGAGGGCCGAAUACGCCGUCGAGUCGUUCAAGGUGUGCGUCAUAACCAUCGCGGACGUCUUCCUGCGGGUCAUCAUGGAGGUGGACUUCGGCAGCCUCGAGAGCAAGCGGCGCGCAGCCGCGUUGAACCGGAACCGCGGAGGCGCCAACAAGCAGCAGCACAUGUCCUCUGCGGGCACGCAGAUGGAGCACAGCGAGGGCGACAUGGUGAUGGCCACUGCGGACGUCGGAGGCAUCACGCAGCAGCAGUCGGAGGCGUACGAGUCGUCGGUGCAGAUCGAGCAGCACGUGCACGCGCUGUACGACAUGGCGGCGGGUGAGCCCCGGACCACCCAGAUCUUCUUCGCCAUGUUGUUCAAGAGGCAGCACUACAUGCGCCAGACGCUGUCCACGCCACUCGCCUGCUGGCUCCUGCCUUCGUUCAUAAUGUUCCUCGUGUGCCGUUUCGAGGCCAGCACGCAAGAACCGCAGUACCUGCACUUCGCGGCCGACCGUCUCGUGUACGACCUCGGGCAGCUGCAGCCGCGCACGGACGUGCUACUUGCACGGGACAGCGCAUCCUCCAAGCUGGCCGACUCCAUCUACCUGCCGAACGUCCACUCCAAGUCGCUCACCGUUAGCACAGUGGUCAGCAUGAACGAGUACAUGGCAAAGCUCAAGCAGGACAGGUCGGCCCCUAAGGGCGCCUUCGCAGGAGCUCAAUUCGUGGCCGAAGAUGGGCGCGGCGGCGCCACCGGUGCGAGUGGUCGGGCGGUCGCCUGGUACCAGGGCGACACCUACCACACGCAGUCUGCAUCGGCGAACCUCGUGGGCACGGCGCUGCUGCGAUGGGCGUCCGACGACCCCGAGGCCUCGAUGCUGUCCAUGUUGCAGCCGAUGCGGCGCCAGAAUCAGAGCAUCUACUCGCGAACUCUUCGCCGCUACCACGUUGCCGAAGAGCUGCAGCUGGUGCUGUCGCAGCGCCUCAUGCGUUUCGUGCUGCUGCCGGCAGCCAUGUCGGUGACGGCGGCCAGCUUCGUGCUGUUCGCCAUCGAAGACCGCGUGAGCAAGUCCAAGGCGAUGCAGCUCACGUCUGGCGUGCCCCCUCUGGUGUACUGGAUGGGCAACUACGUCUGGGACAUGCUAAUGUCCCUCGUCUCACUCGUCUUCAUGUUCUUACCGAUCACGUUCUGCUUCCCGCAGUUCGCCAGCAUUGCGCUAGCGGCGGUAUGCAUCUUCAUGGCCUACGUGCACAGCAUCCUGGCGUUCGUCUACUGGUUCUCCUUCUUCAUGGAUUCCAGGCUGGCCGGAUUCAUCCUCGUAAACGUCGUCACGUCUCUAACCGGCACGGUGUCCGGCCUUGCCUACCAGCUGUCUCUCAUAGGAUCGGAGCAGGGCUCAGAGCUGUUCACAAUGAACCCGCCACGGGACGCGCUUCUCUGGGAGCUGUACUUGCUGCCUCCUUUUUCCUCCACUUGGGCUCUCAUCAAGACUUUAGAGAAGACAUCCGAGGAGAGAUACUGCACCGGCGACACCAUCGACGUGCGCGACGUGUGCGCCUACGUGCACAACAGCCUGGACGAUGGCGCGGUGCUGCUUCCGAACCUGCGCUACUGCUGUGCCAGCUUCUACGCCUCCAACAUGACCAGCGUCCACUUGCUGCCGUCCUUUUCGUUCCACAGAGAUGGUAUCCUAGCUGAGCUGCUGGUGAUGCUAGCCGAAGGAUGUGUCCUGCUCCUGCUGCUAGCGCUGUACGAGAACACCCACUUUCGCUACUGGGAACCCGGCCGGGUAGGUGACGCCAUGGCACCUGGAAGCCAAACGCCAUUCAAGGAUGUGCCUGCGGACGUGGCAUCUGAAGCAAGGCGCGUCAACAAGGCCCUCGCAAUGCACGACCUGAACAAGCCGGCGCUGCUGGUACUUGACCUGAACAAGCAAGUCCGGUCUAUUGCCGUGCUACGCGGCCUCACCUUCCACAUUGAACCUGGCGAAGUUUUCGCGGUUGUCGGCCUGCGCGGGUGCGGAAAGUCUACGUUGCUCGAUGUGCUCUCGGGCAGCACGCUACCCACAUCGGGAACGGCCCUCAUCGGGGACGUUCAACUGCAAAAUCUGGUCCAGUGGGAGCGACGUAUCGGCGUCUGCCCCGCGCACGACAGCGUGCUCGGCUGCCUAACUGUGCACCAGACGCUGCAGCUGUAUGCAAACAUCAGGGGCAUCCGGCCGCAGGACGUCGACCGCCUCCUAGAGCACCUUGUCCUUCUGCUAAACCUCACGCACUCCGCUGACCAGAGAGCCGAGUCUUGCAGCGCCGUGACGCGCCGCAAGUUGGCCGUGGCCAUCGCCAUCAUCGGGCUGCCCCCCGUGGUGCUGAUGGACGACCCAGCCACGGGGCUUGACCUGAUGUCCAAGCGCAAGAUCUACCGCACAGUGGCCCUGCUGCGUGUCCUGGUGAAGUCGGCCGUCCUGGUCGUGACGCACAGCAUGAGCGACGCCGUCGUCAUGUCAGACCGCAUGGCCAUCAUGCUAGAAGGCCGCUUCAAGUGCCUGGGCACCGCAAACGAGCUGCAGGCGCGCCUCUGCACCGGCACCGUGCUCCUGGUCAAGAUGGCACUGGACAGCUCUAAGGACGUCGAAGCACUCACCCUGGUGCACACACUCGUGCUGCAGGUCUUCAGCGACGCCAAGUACAAUGGCUGGGUUGGCCGUUCGCUGGAGUACACGAUGACUCCCACGGCGCCCUGGAGUCAGCUGGUGCUCAGGGUUCGCGAUCUGCACUCGCAGGUGGUUAAUGACGUCACCGACGUCAUCCUCACCGACGUGACGCUCGAGUACGGGCUCCUCAAGAUGGUCAACGCCGUGACGCGCCGCAAGUUGGCCGUGGCCAUCGCCAUCAUCGGGCUGCCCCCCGUGGUGCUUAUGGACGACCCAGCCACGGGGCUUGACCUGAUGUCCAAGCGCAAGAUCUACCGCACAGUGGCCCUGCUGCGUGUCCUGGUGAAGUCGGCCGUCCUGGUCGUGACGCACAGCGUGAGCGACGCCGUCGUCAUGUCAGACCGCAUGGCCAUCAUGCUAGAAGGCCGCUUCAAGUGCCUGGGCACCGCAAACGAGCUGCAGGCACGCCUCUGCACCGGCACCGUGCUCCUCGUCAAGAUGGCACUGGACAGCUCGAAGGACGUCGAGGCACUCACCCUGGUGCACACACUCGUGCUGCAGGUCUUCAGCGACGCCAAGUACAAUGGCUGGGUUGGCCGUUCGCUGGAGUACACGAUGACUCCCACGGCGCCCUGGAGUCAGCUGGUGCUCAGGGUUCGGGAUCUGCACUCGCAGGUGGUUAAUGACGUCACCGACGUCAUCCUCACCGACGUGACGCUCGAGUACGGGCUCCUCAAGAUGGUCAAAUUCGUUUUUUGUCUUUCCGUUUCACUGUUUACUGUGUUUACUGUGUUCUCUUCCUUGCCACCAUCCAACUGCAGGCUCUUUGAGCUGGGCGUGCACAGCACGCUCGCCGAAAUCAUUGACGCUCAGAGGACAGCGCAGCUCGAGAGACUGUCGGGCACCAAGACCAGAAGAACCAUCCUCGACUCCCUCGAGAUUCGUUGCCACGGGAUGCGGCGACUGAAGGACGCGCUAUUGCCAGCGGUCGAGAAUGCUAUACUCACAGAGAAUAUGCCCAGAAACAUGCACCCAGUGCACGAUGUCGAUACCACGGCAGCCGAGAAGGUGCCGAGAAAUAUGUCGAUACCACGGCAGCCAAGAAAUACCACGGCAGCCGAGAAGGUGUCCCUUUUGUCGACGCUGCUAAAUACCCCCGGCCCGACCGAGGACAACAGCAGCACGAACGAGAGCAACAACAGCGCCAAUCGACACCUGCCUUCUCCAUGGCGGUGGUCGACACGAGGAAAAGAACUCUGGUAA